CUUCCAGUUUCCUCAGCUCCCCAAGGCUGCUAGCACACCAGGUGCACACAUCUUGACCGACACUACAGCAAGCUGGAUUUUCUUUGCAUUUAAAGAAAAAAAAUGUGCCUGUGUCUGUAGAGAUGAUUUGCAGUUCAGCCCGGCUGAAGCUGACCGAAUGAGACUAUGGGCUGUGCCUCCGCUAAGCAUGUUGCUACUGUUCAAAAUGAAGAGGAAGCCCAGAAAGGGAAGAAUUACCAGAACGGAGAUGUGUUUGGAGACGAAUAUAGGAUCAAACCAGUGGAAGAGGUCAAAUACAUGAAAAAUGGGGCAGAAGAGGAGCAGAAAAUAGCAGCCAGGAACCAAGAAAACUUGGAAAAAAGUGCCACCUCUAAUACAAGACUUAAAACUAAUAAGGAAGUUCCGGGAUUUGUCCAUCAACCCAGAGCAAACAUGCACAUUUCUGAGAGCCAACAAGAAUUCUUCAGGAUGCUGGAUGAAAAAAUUGAAAAGGGUCGGGAUUACUGUUCGGAAGAAGAAGAUAUCACAUAGCACCAACUCUCCCACUGAGACCAGGAGCUACUACUGUGUAAAUAGGUUACACCCCAGUUGAAAUCUUUGCAAAGGUCGGUUCUCUUCAACGAACAGCAUUAUAGCAAAAGAAGAUCGACCCAUAUUGUAUGCCCCAUUAAAUUACAGUGUUUCUUAAUGAACUUGCAAAGGAAUAUUGCUAAAAACAAAAAAAAAAACAAAAACAAAAAAAAGACACCUGUCAUGAAACUUUCUUUGUUGCUGCUAGUUAAAACUUGUUGCAACUCUUCACUUCUCUUGUGUCCAGGUAUGCAGCAAAACUCUGCAAUUUCACCUUCCACAUACAGAUGCUCUCCAACCUAUUUUCUAUCAGAUGAGUUAGUGGUGAACUCAAGAUACCCAACUUCUAUUCUGAACUGGUUCUGCUUCUCAGUCAAGCAUCUCGGUCCCUCUCUUUCCUCCCUGUCUUUUCUGAUCAGUCAAGUGGUGGCCUGAGCUUUGCUUCCCAUGGCAAUGUUAGGUUGUGGAGAUGGGAAAGGAGCCAUGGCCAGCCUUGUUUCUCUGCUCUGAAGAAGUAGAGAUGUGUCAACAAUACAAAGCAUGUUGUCACCUGACUCCGGAAUUGACAUAGGCCUGAGCAGCAGGUCGGUCCAGUUAGUAGGUAUCUGAAUCAAGGUUUAAGCUCACAGCAUUGGCUUUGCUCAGAUAGAUGGAAGUAUGAUCGUAAUCAUUUUGAAUCCUCUUCUUCCCCCUCCCUCUUUUUCUAAGAAAUAAACAUUUUACUGUUUUUAUGUAUCCUUGUCUUCUCCCCUUCAUCCAGCUCAGUGUUUUAAGCUGAUCCUGAGUGUGGAAGCUGAGCCUCCCCCCUCCACCUCCCCCCCCACCCCAGCCUUCUCAAUGGCACUAAUCAGUGGACUACAUGGCUCGCCACUCUUUCAUCCAGCAUCAAGCCAGGUGUAGAAGGGCCUUCGAGAGGAGGGGACACCCCGUGGCUCUUUGGGAGGGCACAAAACAAAACCCACCUUGUUACUUUUCAGUUUGUUACUGAUGGGAGUUAAAGCAUUCUGUGUUGUCCAUUUGCAAUGCUACAUGAGCAUUGCUACUCACUUCCUUCUUAACUUCCAGCCCUGGGUAUUACAGUGGAAAGGGUUUGCCUGCUUGGAAAUACAGUACAUUUACACUGGUGAUGUAUGGAGAUGUGAAAGCCCAAAGUCCCUGGGGGCAGUGGGGAAUGUGGACUGUGUGUUCAGUAGAGUUUAUUUUUCCAUACUAUAUUGAAGAGAAUAACCUCUUCUUAAAGACAGAAAUAAUAUUUUUAACCAAUAUUGUCACAAGUAAAUAGCAAUCAAAAGGAGAAAAUAACUUUUGUAUUUUUUUAAUGUGUUUGAUAGCUUUGAUGAGGGUUCUCUUUAUUACUUUCCCAGAGAUGGUGCCCUGUUCAAUGCCAAGUCAGUGGUCCCGGGGUGGGUUUGGCCCACAAAAACACAGAAGGAGCAUUGUGUGUGCCUCUCAGGAGCACUGUGAACUUCAAGGGCCUGGGUCUCAGCCACACUGUCCCCCUUCAUUCUGAAGGUAGACAGCUGUGAAGGUGGGUAGCUAAGAUGUUCUGGGUGGUCAAAGGACCACCUGCCACAAA